AAGAAGAUCAGGAAUCUGCUGUGGAGUUAACAAUUUUGUCAUCAGAUGAGAACUCACUGAAGCAGUGAGAAGGUAAAAUAAUACCCACCCUCCCAUCCCAACGACGAUGUCGGUCACUCAUAGCAAUGCAUCAUUAAAUGGGACAAGCCACCCGAACCAGGGAAUUAUGGAUAUACCCAAAGAUCAGAAGUCUUUGAACCUUUUUCUCUUUUGUUUGACUUUCGUCAUUACGUUCACAGCCCUUCUGGGCGGCAUUUAUUCGCUGGUGUCUCUGCUGAGGAUGCAGAGCAAAAGUACUAUUUCCAUGCUCGUGACUUCCUUGACGGUGGAUGACCUGAUCAGUGUGGUGCCAGUGACGGUCUUCAUGCUCAAGCUCUGGACAAACGAGAUGCUUCCCCCGACCUUGUGCACAGCUUCGGCAUUGCUGUACUUAUUUCAGGGUUUCUCGAGCAAUCUAAUGGGGUCUCUUAUAGUUUCUUAUAACUUCUACAGCCUCAGCAAAGCGGGUAGCAGCCAAGGGACCAACAAGAGGCCGGUCAGCAUGAUUUGGGCUGUUCUCACUGUUUGGAUGGUCAGUUUGCUGACCUGCAUUUUGCCUCUGUGUGGCUGGGGGACCUACACCUCCACCUCCUGGGGAUGCCUUACGGACUGCAGCAGCUCUUACAUCUUAUUCCUCUUUAUAAUCUACUCGUUGUGUUUCUGCCUCCUCCUUGUGCUCUCCAUUCCUCUAAUUUAUCAGUUAUUGUGCUCGGACGAGCAUCAUCAUCUGUAUGAUGACUACCAUCAAAUCACCCGAGGAUAUUUCUCUCCAGGGUCUCCACCCACUGGUCGUCACACACUGUCCCUUUCUCCAGAAGACACUGUGAAUAAAACCUCGAAGCAUUUCCAUGACACUUGUCAGAACUCUGUCCCGAUAAGCCGGCAAAGUCCAGUUGACCAUGGUGGACCGGACCGCUACGGCACACAAAGCGAGCCGUGCAACAGCCGAAACUUCACCGUGGAAUUUGCUCAGAAGCGUUUCUCGCUGAUUCUGGCUCUGACAAAAGUCAUUCUUUGGCUCCCGAUGAUGAUUCAAAUGGUUGUCCAACACACUGUUGGGUUUCAAAGUCUUUCCUUUGAGAUAUUCAGCUUUCUGCUAACUUUGCUCGCAGUGACGGUCACCCCAGUAUUUGUCUUGUCAGAACACUGGAGCCACUUGCCUUGUGGCUGUAUCAUCAACUGCAGAAGGAAUGUCUACACUGUAUCCUCAGAAGAAAGCAAGACCAAAAGAAAAGGCUUUGAAUUCAAUCUGUCAUUUCAACAAGGUUAUGGAAUCUAUAAGAUAUCCCAUGACAACCGCCAUAGUGAUGAUGGCAACUCGAUCUCAUACCACAGUUUGCUCAACUACGAUGGUGAGAAUACAAAAGAGACUCGAAAGGAGAGCAGCAAAAUUGAGUUCAGCACCAUCUCCCUAGAGGACAGCUCCGUGCUUAAAGAUCCAGCCAAGUGCAAAAAAACAGUGGGCACAGACACUAAACAAGACCUUGCCAAGGAGAAAUUCAUGGACUGCCUGCUUUCCAACAAAACAGGCACAUAUAAAAAUGAAGAGGUCAGGAACAUUGAGAAGUGCACUUAUUUUGAAGGACAGGAAAGAAGGCUUUCUCAUGAGGAAGGCCGAAAGCCGGAACUCUCAGACUGGGAGUGGUGCAGAAGUAAGUCGGAAAGGACCCCUCGACAGCGGUCAGGUGGUGCCCUAGCUAUUCCUUUGUGUGCGUUUCAAGGGACCGUAUCUCUCCAUGCGCCCACAGGAAAAACUCUUUCUUUAUCUACAUAUGAAGUAAGCACUGAAGGACAGAAAAUUACACCCACCUCGAAGAAAAUUGAAGUCUAUCGCUCCAAGAGUGUGGGUCAUGAGCCAAACCCGGAGGAUUCUCCAACCACAUUUGCCGACACAAGCGUGAAGAUUCAUUUAGAGGUGCUUGAAAUUUGUGACAACGAAGAAGCCAUGGACACUGUGUCCAUCAUCAGUAAUAUCAGCCAGUCCUCCACCCAAGUCCGAUCUCCAUCUUUGCGUUAUUCUCGAAAAGAAAAUAGAUUUGUCUCCUGUGAUUUAGGGGAAACCGCUUCCUAUUCACUCUUCAUACCCUCAAACAAUCCUGACAGCGAUAUUAACAUAUCAAUUCCUGAUACUGUGGAAGCUCACAGGCGGAAUAGCAAAAAGCAACAUAUGGAGAAAGAAGGUUAUCAAGAAGAGAUUCAAAUGUUAAACAAAGCAUACAGAAAAAGAGAAGAAGACGGUGUGAGCAACUAA